UUACCCUAACUUUAGGAGCUCCUCUCAAGCCCUUCCAGUUGGGACAGAAAGAAGUUUUGGAAGUAAUAUUUUUCUCAUCACAGCAGCAACUUAACAUGCCUAGGAAAAUGGCCGGGAUUUUUGGAGCCUCAAAUAUAUUUUGGAUGGUGUUUGCAGCCUCUCAAGCUUUUAAAAUUGAGAUUUUCCCUGAAGACAAAAUUAUUGCUCAGAUUGGGGACUCAGUUUCACUGACUUGCAGCACAACUGGCUGCGAGUCUCCAUCUUUCUCUUGGAGAACCCAGAUGGACAGUCCACUGAACGGAAAAGUGAAGAAUGAAGGGACUAAGUCCAUACUUACCAUGGAUCCUGUCAGCUUUGGGAAUGAGCACUCCUACCUGUGUACGGCAACGUGUGAGUCCAGAAAACUGGAGAAAGAAAUUCAGGUGGAGAUUUACUCUUUCCCUAAGGAACCAGAGAUCUCUUUGAGUGGCCCACUGGAGGUUGGACAGCCAGUCACUGUCACCUGUUCAGUUGCUGAUGUUUACCCAUUUGACAGACUGGAGAUGACUCUACUGAAGGGCAACCAACUCAUGAAGAAUCGGGAAUUUCUGGAAGAAAUGGAGUCAAAGAUUGUGGAAACCAAAAGCUUGGAAGUAACCUUUACCCCUAGAAAAGAGGAUAUUGGAAAAAAUCUUGUUUGCCAUGCUAAAUUACACAUUGAUGGAAUUGGUACAGAGCUCAGAGAAAGGGAGACUAGAAAAAAGUUGCAACUAUAUGCCUCACCCAAGAAUACAAUUAGAAUUGUGAAACCCUCCGGAAAGCUUCAAGAAGGUGACUCAGUGACAAUGACAUGUGUCAGCGAACAUCUACCAGCUCCCCAAAUUAUUUGGAGCAAGAAAUUAGAUAACGGUGAUGUACAGGUUCUUUCUGCAAAUGCAAGUCUCACUUUAAUUGCUAUGAGGGUAGAAGAUUCUGGAACUUAUAUUUGUGAAGGAAUUGAUUCACAUGGAAAACACAGAGAAGAGGUGGAAUUAAUUGUGCAAGAGAAGCCAUUUAGCGUUGAGAUCUCCCCUGGUCCUCAAAUUGCUGCUCAGAUUGGAGACUCGGUGACGCUGACAUGUGAAUCCAUGGGUUGUGUGUCCCCAUCCUUUUCUUGGAGGACUCAAAUGGACAGUCCACUGGUCGGGUCAGUAAAGAGUGAAAAGACCAAGUCCACAUUGACUCUGAACCCUGUGAGUUUUGAGCAUGAGCAUUCUUACCUGUGCACCGUGACAUGUGGACGUAAGAAAAUGGAAAAAGGAAUCCAGGUGAACCUCUACUCAUUCCCUAGAGAUCCAGAAAUUGAACUGAAUGAUCCACUAGUGACUGGUCAUCCAGUCACUGUCAGCUGCAAGGUUCAGAAUGUAUAUCCUUUGGAUCGGCUAGAGCUUCAACUCCUGAAGGGGCAGAGAAUUAUGAAAAAUAAGAACUUCUUAGAGGAUGAGGAUAAGAAAUCCUUAGAGACUCAGAGUUUGGAUAUGAGCUUCAUUCCUUCCAUAGAAGAUACUGGAAAAAUUCUUGUUUGUCUGGCUAAGUUACAUAUUGAUGAAAUGGAAUUUGAACCCAAACAAAGGCAGAGUAUAAAAACACUUUCUGUUAAUGUUCCCCCCAAGGAGAUGACCAUCUUGGUGAGUCCUUCCUCCAUCUUGGAGGAAGGUAGUUCUGUGAAUCUGACAUGCUCAAGUGAUGGAUUUCCAGCUCCAAAAGUCCUAUGGAGCAAGCAGCUAAACAAUGGAAAUCUACAGCCUCUUUCAGAGAAUACAACUGUCACCUUGACUUCUACAAGAAAGGAAGAUUCUGGCAUUUAUGUGUGUGAAGGGUUUAACCCAGCUGGAAUAAGCAGAAAAGAAGUAGAAUUAGUUGUCCAAGUUCCUCCAAAGGACAUACAACUGACAGCUUUCCCUUCUGAGACAGUCAAGGAAGGAGACACAGUAAUUAUAUCUUGUACAUGUGAAAAUAUUCCCAAAACUUGGAUAAUUCUGAAGAAAAAAGCUGAUACAGGAGAUACAGUGCUAAAGUCUACAGAUGGUGCAUAUACCAUCCACAAGGCCCAGUUAAGGGAUGCAGGAGUAUAUGAAUGUGAAUCUAAAAAUGAGGUUGGCUUGCAACUAAGAAGUCUAACACUUGAUGUUAAAGGAAAAGGAAACAAGGACUACUUUUCUCCUGAACUUCUUGUACUCUACUGUGCAUCCUCAUUAAUAAUACCUGCCAUUGGAAUGAUCAUUUACUUUGCAAGAAAGGCUAACAUGAAAGGGUCCUAUAGUCUUGUAGAAGCACAGAAAUCCAAGGUAUAGUUCAUAAUUGAAAAUUUCAAUUGAAGACACCACUUAUCAGUCAAAAUACUUAACAUCACUCAUCAUUCCAUAAGGACGGCGAUAUGAGAGUCCUGAUGCCAGAAUAUCAAGAACAGUUGAGAAGAAAUAGCUCCUUACACUCCUUGCAGUAAAUAAGAAGUCAAAUGUAAACCCUCUACCUAAAAA